AUGAAUAUUAUAAAUCCCUACUUACGAUUAGGUGCGAAUGAUAUGAAACGUUUAAUUCGUAUUGAUGACUUUUCAUCAAUUAUAAUGGAGAACAAAUCUGAACGACUGGUGAAUAUGUGUCAAUGUUGUGGUGAACCAAAUACAUUACAUGCUUGUAGCAGAUAUAAUUGUCAAUAUAGACGACUAGGUCACCUGGCCAAAACUCUUCUUGCUCUAUUUGUGAUUGCGGUUGUGGUAACUGCCGUGACGGUCCCAACUGUUCUAUUAACUCGGCGUAAACCACAAUCUUCGACUACUCCCUUACCCGCUGAAUCACCAACUGUACUUUCAACGAUAAUUGACAUUUCGACAGCCACAAAAAUGACGAUUGACUCAAAUUCAACAGCUACAGAGAUGACGCCAGAUUCAAAUUUGACAGCUACAGAAGCAAUUACGAGUGUCACUUCAAUCACUGUCACAACAACUGGUGUCCCUUCAUCAGUCACAGAAAUGACAACAGACUCAAAUUCGACAACUACAGAAAUGAUAACAGACUCAAAUUCGACAACUGCAGAAAUGACAAUAGACUCAAAUUCGACAACUACAGAAAUGACAACAGACUCAAAUUCGACAACUACAGAAAUGACAACAGACUCAAAUUCGACAACUACAAAAAUGACAACAGACUCAAAUUCGACAACUACAGAAAUGACAACAGACUCAAAUUCGACAGCUACAAAAAUGACAACAGACUCAAAUUCGACAACUACAGAAAUGAUAACAGACUCAAAUUCGACAACUACAGAAAUGGCAACAGACUCAAAUUCGACAGUCACAGAAACGACGAUGGACACAACUUCAUCAGUUAUAGAAAUAACAAACGACACCUUUAUCACAGUCAUAACUACUACAGCACAAGCGACAGGUCAGGUUUGA